CUUUAUUUAUUCAUGAGCCGUCCUGUGCGUUCACGCGCCUCAUUCCACGAGCAAUAGCAAACUUAUAAAUAAAUAACUGGAGGCUUUCUUCUGCGCGCGCGGAGCGAUCACCCGUAGUGACGGCGUCGCCUCGCGCUGGGGUGAGCAAGACUCUCAGCUCCAGCCGCCGCCACGAGGGACUUUUUAAAGUGACCGUUAAUCCUGAUUGACAGCUCGCGGGCUGAGGGAAAAGUUCAUCGCCGUCGCCCUCAGUAUUUAAGAAACACGCCUGCGUCGAGUCGAUAUACCUGCGGCGCGGGCGCACACCACGGAGAGGACUGCAGGUGCUCAUUCAACACCGGGAAUGUUGUCGCGAGCUUGUUUUCGCGUGCUAAGUCCCCUCCCCCUCGCGAGCCGCAACGUUCCGUCACCUCGCGGCAGCCUUGUCGCCUUUCCAACCGGCGGGUCACGUGCCCGUAGCUCUCGCCAGUUUUGUGGACGUUUUGGAUGGAAAAUGUUGGUUGCAAUGGAAUAAUAACAUGCUGUAAAGCUGUAGUGUUAUGUAACAAAAUGGCCGAACAGGUUUGUUGUUGUGUCAAGUGUGAUUGAAGAGCAGCAGACACCGAGACAGUGUAAGAUUUCUUCCAACCGGUUGAACAAGAACUUUUUCGGUACGCGUAUGCAGUUACAUUCCGCCGCCUGCAAAACAUUGAAAUAACAGAAUGCAAAAUUCACGGGCAGGUCAUUUGGAGGAGAUCUGUCACUGGCGUGAUUGUGAAAGACUGGAGAUAAGCCAGCGCUAUUAGACAGAAAGCCGUGUUUGAACUGCCUCCACGUCUCGCCCCGACACAUGCAGUCAUGGACAUAGGAACUGCAAUACUGAUUAUCGGUGUUGCUGCUCUAGUUGCAGCUUUUUGUUUGUUGGCAAUCGGAUUGGUGUUUUCCGAGCUGAUGAACAGCAAAAUUCCGCCUGGAAUUAGCCAUCCUGGAAAACUGCACUUCCUGCACUGCUUUAUAGUGGGGAUAGCAGUCGUGGGUCGUAUCCUGGAGCGCCUGGGUUUGUGUAAUCAAGUGAAUUUUAAUCGAUGGUGUUCAGAUCGCAUGGUUGGCCGUAAACGUCCCCCUCCUGUUGGUCUGCGCAUUAAAGACUCGACCUUUGCUGGAGUGCCAGUGAGGAUCUACGAACCCACAGCUGUUUCAGAGCGCACAAGACGAGGACUUAUGUAUUUUCAUGGAGGAGGAUGGGUCGUCGGCAGCAUCGACCUUUACGAUGGAGUAUGUCGGCACAUUGCAAAAGAGAGCGACACCGUGGUCGUGUCUGUGGGUUACAGACUUGCUCCCGAGCACCGGUUUCCUGCCGGAUUAGAUGACUGCGAGCUUGCUACGCAUCAUUUCCUGUCUGUGGCAGCUGAGUUCAAUGUGGACCCGCUCCGUGUGGCACUGGGAGGAGACAGUGCAGGCGGUAAUCUGGCAGCUGCGCUUAGCCAGAGGUUGGCCACAAGCCCGGAUGGGCAUCUGCCAUCACCCUGUGGCCUCGUCCUCGUCUACCCGGCUCUGCAGAUGGCCGACUUUAACCUGCCCUCUUAUUGGCAGAACCACGCUGUGCCUGUAUUGUUCCGUGCUCGUAUGGCCUUCUACUUUCUCCAGUACCUAAAUGGUGACAUGUCUGUUUGCCAGGAUGUGCUGGAGGGCAGACAUGUUCCUGCCGAGCUAAAGCUGCACUACAGCAAGUGGCUCGACCCCUCGAACCUCCCACCCGAAUUCCGAGAUGGCGCCCAAAAUCAGGUGGCUACGGCCCACGAUGGUGAAGUGUAUCACAUAGUUAAAGGUGGGCUCGAGCCUGGGAUUUCACCUCUUCUAGCUCCAGACGAUGUGCUCCGACUUACGCCGCCCACUUUUAUCCUGACCUGCCAGUACGAUGUGCUGAGGGAUGAUGGGAUUCUGUACUGGAAGAGGCUGCAGGACCUGGGAGUCAAGGUCACAUGGUAUAAUGUCCCUGAUGGCUUCCAUGGCAUUAUGAACUUCUUCAGCAAGGGCUGGAUGAGCUUUCCUGCUGGAGUGAAGGCAAUGGAGCAGAUUGUCAGCUACAUAAAGACACUCUGAGGCCUGGAACUUCUACUCCCGUGGUUCUUUUCCCUGCCUAUUCCCGAAAUCUGUAUUUCUAAUCCAAAUUCACAUAUCAAGGACAUCCAAGUCAUUGUACUGUGAACAUAUGUUUCUGCUGAAAAAAUAUCAUCGCUGUGUUUCUUAUACAAAGUCGGUCAACCAAAACUGCAUGUCCUCAGUAAUAAACCGUGUAUUCACACAUGAAAGGUGA